GGCUGAUAUCAGCAAGCUAUCCUUUCUGCGCGUAGUCUUAAAGCCUCUUCUAAACCUGAUCCUUACAGUAAAAACAAGUUGUUUUAGUCCCUAUUCCAUACUGGUUCUUUUGGAAAUUUUCGGAAUGUUUGGCGAGCUGUCAAUAAACUAUAAACUGACUGGUGAAGCUGUUGCAGUUUAAAAAUUAUGAACAAGAUGUAUAUCUCUUGGGAAGUGAAGGUUUCAUAUCUUAUGAAUGAUUGUAUUAAUCUUCUUGAGGAAUCUGAUGUCCAAAAUUGGUGCUUUCAAGUCUUUUCUUGCAUGCCUCAGCGUGGAUACUUCCAUCGUGAUCUAAAGUCAGAAAAUAUGUUCUCUAAAAAUGUCAUCAUUAAGAUCACUGAUCUUGGCGUGGCCCAUUCGAAUAUACAGAGUAUGUCUAGACACGCUGGUACAUGGCACCAGACGUACCGACUACAGUCAUAUGUGUACACGUCAAAAGUUGAUAUGUGGGCUACGGGUGCUAUUCUGACUAAAAUUGUUGUCUCUUCGCUCUUUCUCUUUUCUGAAGCUAGAUAUUUGUCAAAUAUUGUUUACUUGCAAUUUUCCUGAUAAAAUAGUGUUUCUGAUGUAAUGAUAGCCAGCAAAAUGUCUCUUUAAUGUGUGCAGUGUGAUAGGUAUCCCAACCAAAGAGACAUGGUUGAAGGGGCUAAAUCCUACUAGCGUUAUCGAUUACCAAUUCCCUCAUGUAAUGUUUGCUCAAAUAUUCAACGUUUCUAGGGCAAAAGUAGUGUCACGGAUAUUUACGUUUACAUCGUUAA